CUAAUAGAAAGGCGCUGAGGGAAAGGGGAAGGGGAGGGGGACGUACCGGGGAUGGUCAUUGCCUGAAAGUGCACACACACACAUGCACAUCCAUCCAUCCAUCCACGUAGCCGUGAGUGGGUCACCAAGCCAUGCACAGCUCUCUCCCUUUGCACACUCGAUCAAAUCAAACUGUCCCCCUCCUUUACGUAGCGGCCGGAUGAUGGUGAGGCGUAUGGGGCGCCCCGGGCGGUCGCCCUUGCCCGCAAGACCCUCGCUCACGGGCAGGGCCUCAUCGAUGGUCUUGUCUUGAAAUCGGUAAAGUGCAUCGCCCAUGUACCCCUCCGGGUAAUAAGGGCUCUUCUUGAUCAUCGCCUUGAAGUCAUUGGUGCACGUGCCGGCUCUCACAUCUACGGGGAAAGGUUGUAGGCUUCGGCCGCUCUCCUCGACUAGCACCACCCACUUCCGAAGCAUCUUUCGUGGGUUGGAGCUGGGAGGAGGAGGAGCUUUCGGAAGCAAGUCCGCCAGCCAAUCUCCUAGCUUCGAGCCAGCGGGGAGCUGCUGAGUGCCGGGACGGGGGCGGGCGGGAGAGGCAAGUUGCUGCGGCCGCGACGCAGUAAUAGGGGAGGGGCCGAUGAACGAUGCUGGAUCAGCAAGGGGCUGCACACACACAUCACACACACACACACGUAGACGAGUCCACGUGCGCUCUCGUGUGCUCUGCCUGCCCCAGAUGCCCGUGGGUGUAUGUGUGCGGCCGGCGCUGCUGCCUGUCAGCUGACCUGUGUGCUGCUGUGUAUGCCCUGCGUGGACAGCGUGAAUAAGGCAAACAGCAGGGCAAACAAACUCUGCAGGAAACCCAU